GUUCAAGCAUUCGUAUACAGCUCUAUGACCAUUUCCAGUUUCUACCAUGUUCCUAUUGGUUAGGCCAAGCUCAAACAAAACAAACAACAAUGGACCCAUGUCAUCCCAUGUCACGAUUUCACCAGGCUUCCUCCCCCAUGUGACUGCCCUCGGUCGUGCUCGGUGCUCGGAGUUCGGUCCAGGAGAGUCCCUAUGCUGACUCCGAGGACACGGGACAGUGCCUCUCGAUGCACCAGCCCUGGGCCUCGUUGUUGGUCUACGGCUUCAAGCGUGCGGAGGGACGCUCGUGGAAGAGCGACCAUCGAGGUCGCUUGUGGAUCCAUGCGACGGCCAAGGCGCCCGACCCGGCCGAAAUCCAAGCACUUGAAGAACGGUACAGCUUCAUCUACGAAGCGGCUGGCGUGCCAAUUCCGUCCUUGCCCUCGAAGUCGGGUGGCUAUCCCACCUCGGCGUUGCUGGGAUGCGUGGACGUUGAGGCUUGCUGGAGCAAAAGUGAGUACGCCAGCGUGCUUGAGAAGAACCCCUCCAUGCCACAGGAGGAAAGUGAAAGCGACUUUAUUUUCUGGUGUUUGAGACCACGGCGCCUCUUGGUGCCCUUGAAAAUGGCCGGCGAUCACAAGAUUUGGAGACUUGAGAAGUCUUCCCUGCAACCGGCGCAGCGCGGCUUACAGCCUGUGCGUUGGCCUCGGCCGCAAGAGGGCGAGAAGUCCAUGACUUCGCCUGCCAUUGAGAAGUCGCAGGCCAAAGAAAAGCCAGCCACUGCAGCGGCCCAACGAAGCGCCGAAGCCAUCGAAGCGCAGCCCAACCGGACACAGGUGCACUUGGACCUGUGGCCCUCCGAGGCUUCGGAGCGCUUGGAGCUCCUCGACUCCUCCGAAAAGAGCGCCGUGGUCUUGCAGAAUGGCUUUGUUCAGCUCAGUGGGCACCUGCCCUGGGAUUUGCAACAGAGGAUUGUGGAUGAAAUGAGAGAAAUCGGCAUCCAAAGCCAUGGCUUUUCGCCCGAAGACUUCGACGGCGUGAAGAUGUCAGAAGGGGUGCACAGGAUGUACCUGGGCUUGCGCUGGAAUUCUGUGGCGCGGACGUGGGAAAGCUCUCGGGUGAAUCACUUCGUGGCAGCUCUGCCCAAAUUCUUGGCAGAGAUGUACAGCGAUGCCGUGAAGAGUGCCAACCGAGAGAUGCAAAGUGCCCAGAACAAGCGCAGGAAGCUACAGCCCUUUCCAGAAAAGGCACCAACCGUCGCGGCGGUCGAAUUCUGCCCGAUGGCAUCGACGGUACAGCUCCACCAGGAGAAGACUGAAACACCCGAAGCCAUUGAGCAAGGAUUUCCCAUCAUGGGCAUUUGCCUGGGCGCCAGCUGUGAGUUGGCCUACAGCAGCGAGGCGGGAGCCUCCAAGCCAAAGGUCCUCCGGCUGCGCAGUGGGGAUUUGUUCCUCCUGGGGGGCGAGGCACGGCUCCUGUGGCAUGGCUUCCAACGGAUCAUUCCCAACAGCUCGCCCUCCAACCUCCGGCUUCAACCGGGGAUGCUGCAUCUCAGCCUGCGCGUGCACUAGCUGAG